AUGCCUUAUAAUACACGUCGAAAGUCACUGUCGCUUCCGUCGCUAGGGAUUCAUCUCCCUAGUGCCUCCCGCCGAUCCCCGUCGGCCUCGAAAUCGCCACACGCGACCGACGAGCAACUGCCUCCCUCCAAGAAAGUAAAGAGGUCGCACGACUCGUCUUCACUAUCUCCAGAGCCUACCUCGGUGUCGAUAUCGACCGCGAAGGAGCAGUUGCCUGUACGUUUGACUGGUCGGCGCGGGGCGUUUGAACAAACGCCACCCCCAUCGCCUAUUGAUGGAAGUGUCGCGCCCAAGAUCGACACCGAGGGUAUCAACGAUGAUAUUGUGGUCGGUGUGAUCGAGCAAUUGGAGAAGACAGGCAAUCGUCCGCAUUUGGUCAAAGAGCUCGCAGCCGUCCUAGUUGCGCUCAAUGAGAAUGUCGCAAAUUCCGCAAAUCCCGCCGCACUCCUUUCUUCCCGGUUGAGCACAUACAUGAAGCGUCCGUGGACGGCGCUCGCACCGUGUCCGCUGGCGAAGGAGCUCAUUCCAGUUCACCCUCGCAAAGUGUACUAUUACUUGACAACGCUACCUCGUCAACCUCUCCCUGAGAACUCGGAUGAUAUCAUCAUCCCGGGUGUGCUGGGGAAGAACAUCACUCCCAGCGUGUCCAGCGCUGACCUGGACGAGGAAGACGCGUUGGCGCGGGAACGAUCGCGCCUCAGCCCAAGCCCCGAGGUGGAUCUGUCCCCCCCGGACUUUGAGGAAGAGAAUAUUGAUCUAGACACUCGUGAUGAUAGCGUGGCGAGACAAUGUGCGACUGAUUUUGACCAUCAGCAUGCGCGCCUCAUGCACUCGAACCGGGCCGCUUCUCCUCCGCUGGAGGGUGAUGAGAAGGAAUUCACUCAAACGGCCAGUGCCGUUCGCGAGCGGGCCUCGGAGCAAAAAGCAAACCAGCUCGAAAAGGCCAAAGGUCCCUUCUCGGCCCUUUCAGAGGGGCUUAGUGAACUGGAUGAUGGGGCUAUGAGCAUCGCUGGAACUCCUGUUGAAGAUAGUCCUCUCUCGUCAAUCCAUGGGGACCGCAUGUCCGAUAGCCCGGAUGGCGACUACUUCUCCCACGGAGGCUUUGUGGAACAGCCUUCCCUACAGGAGCAGUUGCAACAACAGCAAGACCUCGACGAGGCAGCCGCGGUUGCUCUGUUUGGCACUUCUCCCUCCCCAUCCCUCACGUCCGUGGCCUCGUCACUCUCGUCUGGUACGAGUGUGGCUUCGGAUGACGGUCUGGAUGUCGAGGCGAACCCCGAUAGUGUGGCAAGCGCACCGCAGAUCAGUCUCCCCGAAGACCUCAUCAUCGAACCUGUCUCGGCAAUGAAGCGGUCCAUUGACAUGCUCAACAGCGGAGUUCCGGAUCUCGAUAUGAAGAUGUCGGAUCUGGUUGAACAGGACAGUAAGCUGUCUCUAGCCCCUAGGACCAUGGUAGACACAGAUGUCGAGAUGGUCUUCGAUUCCUGGAGAGAGUUGCAGAAUCCCGAGAGUGUCGAUGUCCACGAGCUCGAUGAGAUGUUCGGAGAGAUCUGA